GCUCUACUGUAACAACCCUGGGGGGGGUUAUAAGAGCGGAUAUCAACUGUGCCGCUUAGAGCGCGCGCUGGACUUUCGGCCAAGAAAGGUCGAGGGUUCGAGUCCUUGCUUCCCUGCCUGUUUCAUUACACUGGUGUCAGAAGUGGGAUCGGACCCUUUGCAGCCACCACAGUGCGCGUGCUUGGCCGGUGGGAGUGUGUGCGCGCGCGCGCGAUCCUGUUAAAAAGACGUAGGGUUCGCAAGCUAGCGCGAGGACGCGCUCUUUGAAAAGGAGGGAUGAGUGUAACGACCCCCCUGGGGUUUAAUUAAUAAGGGCUAGAAGGUCGAGGGUUCGAGACCUGCUUCACUACAAUACGAACGGAUGUCUAAGCCCCAGAAUGGAGAGCCAGCAGCAGAUGAUCCAGAGGUGAUGUUCCAGAUGCCUGGUCCAACCGUCUCCUUCUCCAGACUACACUACUCUGUCAUGGAGAGCAAUGGACUCUGCCACAAGACAGGACCUGAGAAGCACAUCCUCAAAGACAUCAGCGGCAUCAUGAGACCAGGGAUGAACGCCAUCAUGGGGCCAACAGGAAGUGGAAAAACAUCUCUCCUGGAUGUGAUAGCAGGUCGUAAGGACCCAGCAGGGUUGAAGUUUGGUCAGGUUCUGAUCGAUGGGAAGAUGGUGGACUCUGACCUCCGACUCAUAUCUGCCUACGUGGUGCAGGAUGAUAUAUUGAUGGGAACUCUGUCAGUGAGAGAGAACUUGUUGUUCAGUGUGAACCUGAGACUAGACCCUCGACAUUAUUCUACAGCUGACAAACAGCAGAGAGUGGACAGCAUCAUAGAGGACCUGGGUCUACAGGACUGUGCCCACACCAAGAUAGGAACAGAGUUCCUGCGUGGUGUGUCUGGGGGAGAGAGGAAGAGGUGCAGCAUCGGUAUGGAGCUCAUUACUUCUCCUCGUCUUCUGUUCCUGGAUGAACCCACAACUGGUCUGGACUCGAACACUGCUAACCACAUCAUCAACCUACUGCAUAGGCUGUCUAGAAGCGGUAAGACUAUCGUGUUCUCCAUCCAUCAGCCUCGUUACUCAAUCUUCAGCCGCUUUGACCACCUGACCCUGAUGCACCGAGGAGAGUUGGUGUACGCUGGAGCUGCUGGGAAGGCCCUGAGCUACUUUACUGACUUGGGGUAUCACUGUGAGCCGUUCAACAACCCCUCUGACUUCUUCUUGGACGUCACUAACGGAGAGGCUCAGUCUACACUAGACAUCACUUCAUUUAACUAUGAUGAUAAGGAGAACUGUGACAACAGCAACCUUCUGGCUGUGAGCUACAGACAGUCAACUCAGUACCAGAGGGUGGUGGAGGAGCUGGACCAUUUGACCCAGGGUCUGGAGGGAGGGGUCGGAGGUCAGGGACAGAAGGCCGACUACGUCACCUCCUUCUGGUACCAGAUGAGGAUAGUGGGUGGUCGUAUGAUGGUGAACUCUCUCAGGAACCCCCAGACAUCGUACGCUCAGCUGGCCCUCAACAUCUUCUUCGCUCUGCUGGUCGGCCUAAUCUACUACCAGAUCCCCCUGACUCUACCUGAAGCCCUACAGAACAGGUGUCUGUCCUGUCUCAUUCUUUUCCUCAUCAUCAACAUGGUGUUUGGGAAUCUUUCAGCUGUGGAACUCUUCAUCAAUGAGAGAGCUCUGUUCAUCCAUGAGAACUCUAGUGGGUACUACCGUACGUCCGUCUACUUCCUGUCCAAGAUAUUCGCUGACCUCAUCCCCAACCGCAUUGUCCCUAUCCUCAUCUUCUCAGCCAUCGCCUACUAUAUGAUGGGUCUGAAGCCAGCCUUCACAGCGUUCCUGCUCUUCACACUGACGAUGUCCCUGGUCAGUCUCGCUGCGGUCAGUCUAGCGUUCCUGGUCUCAGCCUCUGUCUCCUCCUUCGCUAUGGCCAACGUCCUCAUCGCCCUGCCUUUCGUCUUCAUGAUGGUGUUCGGAGGGUUCCUGGUCAACCUUAACUCCAUGUUGUCUUGGUUGUCAUGGCUGAAGUGGAUCAGCAUCUUCCGCUACGGACUAGAGGCGGUGACCAUUAAUGAGUUUAAAGGACAAAUAUUCUACAGCAACACAACCAUCAUUCCAGGGGAGGUGUACCUGGAGACCCAGGGAAUAGACUACAGCACCUGGGGUUUCUGGCAGAACCAUGUAGCUCUGUCUGGGAUCAUUACGGUGUGUAUGGUCUUGGCCUACAUACAGCUCAGACGAAUCAACCGCUGGAAGUGACACAGGCCGCAAGAAUAGAAUCAUAGAAUCAUAGAAUCAGAACUACACCUUCUGGAACAACAGGGGCUGUGAGGAGACACACAUCACAAGAAUAGAAUCAUAGAAUCAGAACUACACUUUCUGGAACAACAGGGACUGUGAGGAGACACACACACUCUCCACUCCAGUUCAUUGUAAUAUGGUUGUAUGGUACGUUUUGUGUUGUAGAAAUGUAGUGGUGUAGUUAUGUUAUGAUGUUAUUUGGUGCCUUAAUACAGUCUGUCCUGUCUGUGUCGGGGGGAGGGGUUCUACUGAACGUUAUGGAAUUGUUUUAAGAAUGUCAAACCAAGGAUCUUCUUGUUUUUUGGUGCCUUAAUGCAGUCUACGUCCUGUCUGUGCCGGGGGGAGGGGUUCUACUGAGCGAUAUGGAAUUGUUUUAAGAAGGUCAAACCAAGGAUCUUCUUAUUUUUUGGUGCCUUAAUGCAGUCUAAGUCCUGUCUGUGCCGGGGGGAGGGGUUCUACUGAGCGAUAUGGAAUUGUUUUAAGAAUGUCAAACCAAGGAUCUUCUUGUUAUUUGAUUUAGAGUUUUAAGACUCCUCGAGGUAUCAACAAAUAUAUAUAAAACAAAUAUUUGAUGAACA